AUGACAAGUUGUGCGCCGCCCUCCUCACGAGACAGUCGCCCGGCCGCUCGGCUUGUGCGCGGGUGGUGUGGUUGGGCAAAGGAUAAACCCUUGAGCAUCCUUCAACUCGACCCAGCUGAUCGAGCGGUCCUGCGUAUUGCCGCGGCGCUAUCGUUACGUGAAGAGGCCAGGCCACGUUCCCAGAUGAUAGCGGAAAUCGAGCGCGGGGGGCAUCGGCACUGCAUCGUCUGUCACAUGGCGCGCACGCAACGUCGCCGGGCUGCCGUCGUGGACGCCGCGCCGCGGCAUCUGGGUGCGUGUAGCUGGAGGAGAAGGGGGGGGGGGGAUUCGCCGGUCCAGACGCCGUGCGGAGUGACGCGUGAACCGGGAAUGCGUUCGUUUGGAAACAUCCGGCCGACCCCACACGCGGCGAUUUGCGAGCGUCUGCUGUAG